CGCUACCAACCCACCACCACCAUCACCACUCCUCCUCCUCCACCUCUUACUCCUCCCUCUUCUUCGCAGCGGAGAGCCGACUUGAUGCGCAUAAUAAAUCAUCUCUGCAAGAUCCCUCUGCGAGCCCGGCUUCAGAAAGACGCGUGUUGGAUUUGGGAGCGUAAACAGAGGGGCGAGAGGCGAGCCUCGUAGCUACAGCAGGCGUGAGGAUAUGCUUUAAACGCGAUUCAGUGCUGCGAACAACGGAGUGGAGGAGAGGAGGCAGAGCAGCGAUAUGAGCCGCAUGUGUUUGAGCCUCCUCGCCACCGGCCAGCUCAGACUCACUUUCACCUGUAUGAACGACCUUGCAAUUGUGACCGAAAUUUUCCCGACCACGCUAUUUCCAUGGAGGAUCAAUUUGUCGUUUUUUUCUGCGAGGGCUGAAUUUAACUCCCGCUGGUCUCGAGACACUUCUGAGCAGGAGGUCACGCUCUUUUCUCUCUGAGAACGCAAGUGCCAUUUUAAAGCUUAUUGGAUGAAAGUCUCAUUUACCCCCUGGCUGCCAAAGAUGACGCUGCCAUGGAAACUGCUUCUAUUGCUAUCAAUCAUCGACCGUCUGACAGAUUGUCUGGACAGUGCGUCAUACCACGGUCCGCGGUGGAGGAUGGAACCAGCCGACCUGUUCAUCCCCGUCGACUCCAUAGAAGAAGAAGCCACCCUGACUUGUGAUGCUAAGGGCACGCCUUUUCCUCAGUACAGAUGGUCACUAAAUGGGACUCUCAUAAAUCUGGGCCUGGAUCAUCGGAGGCGUCUGUCUGGGGGCAACCUCAUUAUAGGCAAUCUGGACCGCUACCAGGACGUAGGGAUGUAUCAGUGUAUGGCCUACAACACUGUAGGAGCUAUACUGAGCAGGAGAGCAAGUCUACAGUUUGCCUAUUUAGAUCAUUUCAAAGUUCACACCAGAAGCGCUGUGUCAGUCCGAGAGGGACAAGGAGUGGUGUUACUGUGUGGGACACCCACUUCAUCAGGAGACCUUACAUAUGCAUGGGUCUUCAAUGAGUAUCCAUACUUUGUUCAGCAAGACAAUCGGCGAUUUGUCUCCCAGCAGACGGGAAACCUUUACAUAGCUAAGGUGGAGCCCUCUGAUGUGGGGAACUACACAUGUGUGGUGAUGAACAGCAUCACAAAAGGCAAGGUUCAGAGCUCGCCCACAUCUCUGAUCCUCAGGACAGACGGAGUGAUGGGCGAAUACGAGCCAAAAAUAGAAGUUAAUUUUCCAGAUAAUGUACCUUCUUCGAAAGGAUCAACAGUUACUCUGGAGUGCUUCGCCCUUGGGAACCCCGUUCCAGAAAUCACCUGGAGGAGGGCUAACGGAGUCCCAUUUCCCAGCAAAGUCAAAAUGAAGUAUUCAAAUGCAGUGCUGGAGAUCCCGAGCUUCCAACAGGACGAUACAGGAGGGUACGAGUGUGUGGCGGAGAACAAAAUGGGAAGAAACACAGCUACUGGUCGACUGGCUUUUUACGCCAAGCCUCAGUGGAUCCAGACCAUGAAGGACACGGCAAUGGCCAUAGAGGAGAGACUGCACUGGGAGUGCCGGGCCAACGGAAAGCCCAAACCCUCCUACGCUUGGCUGAAGAAUGGCCAGCAACUCCUCUCAGAGGACAGGAUCCACGUGGAGGAUGGGGUCCUUACGGUGUCGCCGCUCACGCUAUCUGAUGCUGGCAUGUACCAGUGUGUGGCUGAGAACAAACACGGCGUCAUAUAUUUUGCGGCCGAACUAAUGGUUUUAGCUUCUCCUCCGGACUUCACGGGGAAUGUCCUCAGAGCUUUGCUCAAAGCCAAAGCUGGAACAACGGUGAUGCUGGACUGCAAGCCCCAGGCCUACCCAACAGCAAGCAUUUUAUGGAAGAAGGGAAACCUUCCUAUCCACACCAACGACAGGAUCACUCUUUCUCCAGAUGGAACUUUGAGGCUGGCCAAUGUGAGCAAGUCGGACGCAGGCAGCUACACGUGCUUCGCCAGGAACAGAUUUGGGAUGUCAAGCACAACUGGAAGGCUCCUGGUUACAGAUCCAACCAGAAUCAUUCAGGGACCAGUGGACCUGGAGAUUAUUGUAGGGGAGAGCAUCGUGUUGCCCUGCCAGGUGGCCAGUGAUCCUGUCCUGGAUGUGUCUUUCUCCUGGGCAUUUAAUGGACAGCUCAUCACCAAGGGAGAUGGCCACUUCGAGCUUGUAGGCGGCCAGAGAACAGCCGGAGAUCUGAUGAUCAGAAACAUUCAGCUUUACCACGCCGGCAAAUAUAUCUGCGUUGUGGACACAGACGUGGAGAGCCUGUCAGCCGUAGCUGUAUUGAUUGUAAAAGGCCCUCCCAGCCCCCCGGAAUCAGUGACUGUGGAGGAGGUGACAGACAGCACGGCCCAGCUGGCAUGGAGCCCCGGCAGAGACAACGGCAGCCCCAUUACCAGCUACAUCAUCCAGACAAAAACUCCAUUUACUGUGGGCUGGCAGCGAGUCAAUACAGUUCCAGAGGUAAUUGAUGGCAACUCCCACACAGCUACCGUGGUUGAUCUGAACGCCUGGGUCGAAUACGAGUUCCGGGUAUUGGCCAGAAACGGCGUCGGAGUUGGGGAACCCAGUCCCGUGUCGGUGAAGACGAGAACAGAGGAUGCAGUUCCAGAUGCAGCCCCAGGUGAUGUGGGUGGAGGGGGUGGAAGCAGAUAUGAACUGGUCAUCACAUGGGAGCCCGUCCCUGAAGAACUGCAGAAUGGCGAGAGCUUCGGCUACAUCAUUGCCUUCCGCGCCUUCGGAGAAGUCAGCUGGACUCACGUGGCCACCUCGGCCCCCGGCGCAUCCCGCUAUGUGUACCGUAAUGACAGCCUCGCGCCCUUCUCUCCAUUUCACGUGAAGGUGGGCACUUACAACAGCAAAGGGCAGGGCCCCUUCAGCCCCGUGGUCACCAUCUACUCUGCAGAGACAGAACCAAGCGGAAUGCCAGCAGGGGUUUGGGCCCGAAGUGUCGCAGCCUCUGAGAUUGAGGUGAAUUGGCAAGCUCUCACCAUCACCCCUGAAAGGGUUCUGGGCUAUGAGGUGGUUUACUGGGAGGAUGACACCAAACCGGAAACGAUGGGGAAGGUUAGAGUGCCUUGGAACCAAACCUCAGUCACAGUAAACAACUUGGCAGGAAACACGCAGUAUUUUUUAACAGUUAGCGCCUUCAACACAGCGGGCACCGGCCCUUUCCUCCCUGCAAUCAAUGUCACCACAAAAAAGCCACCGCCUGCCCAGCCACCGCUGAAUGUAGAAUGGACCCUAAUUGGCUCUCAGCUGUCUCUUUACUGGGAGCCUGUGGUGGCAAUGGAAUCAGAGUCAGAAGUUACAGGAUAUCAACUUUCAUUCUGGAGACAGAGACACAAAGAGGUAAACACUUUCACAACGGCCAAUUCGACAGCAGACUUGACCCUCCCUGAGAAUGAAGACGACUACAUCAUUCGCAUUCAGACGCUGAGUGAGGGAGGACUGGGUCCAGCCUCAGAUCCCAUACGGAUCCAUAGACUGAGUAUGAGCGCCCGUGGCUCCAACGCCCUGAGUGUGGAUACAUCCCCGCUCUCCUUGUUCUUCACCAUUGCAAUAUCUACGUUCAGGUCAAUGUUGUGACAAGACCUCUCUCUGCUUUGUUUUCCAACAUUUUUCUAUCGUUUCUAAAAGUAAUCAUGCUUUUUUUUUUCUCUUGACUCUUGUUUGGAGAUGACAGUUUUAUUGUGUUCUGUAGAAAAUAUGAGGCAGUGCAAUAUUGGAGUGUGCUAUCAGACAGAAUUAAUUAACAUUAUUUGCUUGCCUUUAUUUAUUUAUUUAUUUUUAAUGUGGGUCUGACAUUUUGCCAGUCAGGAACAAUACUCCAAUUCAGCUCUUUACUUUGACUCUGAAAUAACACAGAUGCCUUACUUCCAUUCAUGUGCCAAAGUAGUUUCAGCCUUCUUCUUGUUAUUAAAAAGAUAGCUCCAUGCUUUUCUCAGCAUUCAGUUUCAUGCAGUUUACAGUCAUUAAGCACUCAGUGUACCUUUUGAGGGCCUCUGUAUGAGAUUUUAGUUUUCAUCUCUUGAAUUUUCUGUGUUCCUCUUCAUGCCUCAAUUAGAUCGUCUGAACAUGUUCAUUCACACAUAUGCUUGUGCCUUUGAAGAUUCUUGCAAUGGCCCCAAUUACGAAUACAUUGAGCAGCCUGUUUUUAUGAGUAGAUGCUCCAUUAAAAAUGGAUUGUGUUCCAGAUUACGGUCAUAAAACACCUCAUAGUGUUAAGUAUUUACUUUAUCAUUAUCGCUUAACUUUGUAAAAUUGAAUGUAGGCUCCUUAAGGUUUUAAUGCCUGAAGAAAAAUAACUACAAUCUGUACUUAACUUGGCAUCAAGAAACAUGUCCUCGUAAACAGCAGUAGGAGUAAUGCUGCGUAGUACAAGUGCCAAUGUGUUCUUUUUUUUUUUUUUUCCAAGUUAUUAGGUAACAACAACAGAAGUCUUUAAUUUUUACUUCCAAGUCGAUUCUUUGAAGUGAAAAUUUGUACAAAAGAAUUUAUUCUCUUUUACAACUAAAUGCAUGACAUUUCCUGUAUUUCACUUCCUAUGUUAUAGGAAAGAAUGAAACAAAUGAUGUAUGAAACAGGCAUGUUUCAGAACGCAGCUCUUCAGCUUCAAGGGAAAACCCCUGAGCCAAAACCUAAAUGAAAAUUCAGAGAAAUUGGCAUUUACUUCAAUCUUAUACAGUGAAGAAGUUGAUGAGUGAAAAAGUGUUAAAAAAAAAGGUUAAUUGAAGAGUAAAAGCUUUUGAGAAGCCUGACUUUCAAUGUCUUUGUUUUGGCUAAAUUUUACAAGAUAUAUGGACUAUAGUCAAAAGGACGGGCUGAUCUUAAACACACAUAAAACACACUGUUUGUGGAUGUCCAGGGUUUGGAGCGAUAACCAUUCUCUAUCAUAACCUAACAAGCUGUGGAGGGAUGUUGAAAUGGCAUAUAAUGCCUAAUUUCACAUUUUCUAAAUGAAGCAUUUUGCCUAUCCACCUUAAAAACUAAGUAAGACAAAUCUCUAAUGUUAACAGAUAGAUUGCCUUUAUUUUGCUCUGAUUUCACAAAUAUAGAUUCAAAAAUGUAUUGUGCUAACUGUAGAUCUCAGUAAUAGAAGUCAACACUGGCCACUUUAUUAGGUAACCUGUUUGAGUGCUUGUUAACUCAAAAUAAAUUCCACUCAUCUCAUGGUAGUAAUUCGAUACAGACCGGUGUCUAGACAAGAUGAAGAUGACUGGCUGGCUUUAAGCCGCACACAAGAAAUACAAUUUUAGUGACUUUGAGUAUAGCAUGGUUCUUGGUGUACAUAGAACUGGUCUGAGUAUUUCAUAAACUAGUAAUCUGCUGGCGUUACCACACAUCACCAUCUCUUGAGUUUACAUGGAAUGGUUUUGGGAGGGGGGCGAUGUCCAGUGAGGAGCAGCUGUAGGGAUGAAAAUGCCCUUUUGGUGUCAGAGAGUUGGACAGAAUUUACACACUGGCUUAAAAUAAUGAAAGUUAUGAAAAUAAAAAAAAUAAAAUAAUAAUAAUAAUUAAAAGGCAGCAGUGACUCAUGUAAACUCCUUUUACAAGGCAUGCAGAAUACCAUCUCCAACACGUCAAACCUUGAAUCACAUUGUGUGACCUCAGCUGCAGCAUUUAUAAUCUGUUGUAAACAACAUGAAAGCAGGGAUCCAGACUGACUUGUAUCAGUGAUACAGACUGCUGCUGCUUGUAUGUGAUGUGAUGGUGUGGCACACUUGGACCCCCUUAUUACCAAUUGACUAACUGAGCAGUGUUGAUGACCAUAUCCAGGUGACUAAUACAAUUCUAAGAAGGUGUACCCAAAAAGUGGCCAGUUUGUCUACAUAAAAUUGAGGAAAAAAUUGGUGUCAUAUUAACACUUCUCGUUAUAAAUUCUUAUCUUUAAGAAUCCAUAUACAAAAUAUGAAGGAGCAAGGGAAUGCAUUUAAACUUUUGGCACCAAUAAAGAUGCAUGUAGUCACAAGGGUUCUAAAGUCUUAAUUUUGAGUGGACAACCAGUGUAUUUCCAUGUUUUUAUAUGAACAUGUGCUUGAUCUUAAAGAGAAAUAGGCUAGAGAGAUGUGACAUAACUGAUGAGAUCACAGAACAGCACAGUCCAAGAAGAGUUAGCAUUUAUAUUAUUAGAUUUAUAGUGAUAAAAAGUAGCUUUGUGGCAUAUAACUGCAUCGAAAAACUGCCUAAUUAACUCAUCUGAACCUUUUUAACCUGUACAUAAAGCAUACGCCUUAGCUAACUCGCUGAAAGACUGAAUUUUAAAACGCCUCAGGGCUUCGCUACUGUCUGACAUCAAGGAGCAGCAGUGACAAAGAGCCCUCCUACUGUGUUUUUCUCACAUCUCCUGCAUUUGGGAAAAUAAUGGAAAUAAGUGUCACCAUGCAGAUGACCUCGAACUGUCGGCUCCAGCACAAACUGACCUAACCCAUAAAUUAUUCAGUAUUGUAGCUGUUUACACGUCUGUACAAGUCAGGUCAUUAUUAGUUCAGUUUUCAAGUGGCGUUUCAUUUCUGACGCAACAAAUUUGGCACAUGGGCGUUUUAAAAAUUUCUUGUGGUUCAUUGAUCACCACGGCUACUAUUCUAUUAUUUACUCUUUGAUUCAAAGUUGUUUUUUUGCAUCCCGAUCUUUCUCUGGGAUAUUGCGGGUGUAUUACAGAAAGAAGUCAAACAGACUGAGAAGAAGAAGAAAAAAACAACUUCAGAAUUUGUGUGACUUUUCAUACCCAGUGGCUACAUCCAUCUGUUGUACCAUCUAGCAUUUUCUGUCACCAAAACCGAUAAUCCGCCGUUCACCUCACAUCCACUUCACACCCUCUUCACACCGCCACCAGGCAAGUGGAGGUGAGAAAGGGAGAUGGCUUUCAACUUCUUUCUCACUUGUUUUGGUAACAGAUCCCUGCAUUUACAACAGAGUUAAACACUGCAAGCACCAUUUUUUAAAAGGCUAAAUCGCUGUUGCCAUCUGUAUGUUAGCAGUUUUUACAGUUUCCUAACAUCUGGGAGUUCAAGAUACUUGUGAAUAAAAUGCAUCAUGGCAGCCUCUUCUUAAAUGCAUACCCCUUGUCAACCAAUUUAAAACUCUUUUAACCCAGAUCCUUCUUAAUUAAUUUGCUAUCUCACAAACUAUAUGGUAAUAGGUUUUCCAUAUUUGAAUGUGAGGCCUGUUUUUUGCAUGCUUUUGUAUUUUUUUUAAUCGUGGGACUCAAAGUUUUUACAGAUUUUAAUUUUACUUGAGUUAAUUGCUAAAUUACAUUUUAAUUGAAAACCUCAUAUAAAAAAAUAAGGAAGAUUUUCCAUUUAAAAACCUGUUUUGCUGCUAAAUUAUUAAAAAUGGAUGUGUGAAAUCAACAAUAAGAAAAUUCAUAGGAUUUUUCCUGUUUUUGCAGUAGGGAGGGUAUUUUUGGCUUGAAUAGUUCAAUGACAGGCUAACUCCUUUUUGCACAACUUGCACAUGGCAAUAUUCUUUUCCAGCAGCCCAUCAGAUCUUUUUUUAAUCAAAAAUUAAGUGGGCCAAGAGCAGAGUUAUAUGCUCUAAAACUAAAGUUUUGUACACAAAACAUAUAACAUUUUUUAUUGUUCUGCAACAACCUCUCAUGCACCACCUGUUUCUCUAGACAAAUUAGCGAUUUGAAUUUCUUACAGAACCCUGUUUAGAACCCAAAGCAUUAAAAAAAUAGAAGCCAAAUCUGUGUAGUUUCUAUCUAUAAAUUGUGAUAUGGAGUAUUCUAAAUGUCUUACAAAUUAAUUGCCUGAAAUGUUUCUGCUCAUUGAAGUUGUGAGCCUUUUUGAAGGGUUUUUUUCUAGCUGGAAGGCUGCAGUGGGACAUAAAAUAUCUUACAUUUUUUCAUUUAGUUGAAGUACAUUGGAACCUCAUUGAAGUCAUUGUUACUUGACAUUUACUUGUUUAUUGUGCUGUUAAAAGCAAUUAUUUAAUUCCCAUCACCACCAAGAAAAGUUUCAGGCUCCAUUUUUUAUUUUUUACUUUAAGCCCUAUGGUCAGAAAACUUCUCCUUGAACAUUUCAACAUAGCAACAUGCAUGUUAGAGUACAAAUGACUGAAGGAUUUGCAGGAAACCUAACAAUUCAUUAAUUAAUAUCAAGAGAAUAUUCGAACAGAACUUUCAGUGUUUCCCUGCUGGGCACCCAGCCGAAGCCAGCCGAUAUGCAUCAUCAUCAUCAGCCAUUAAAGUUGGGACGAGACGUUUGAAAUGCUGCCAAUUGUGCCAGUCUGAAAACUGAAAUCUAGCCACCAGCUUCGACGUUAUUUGGAUAAAUCUAUGGUCAGCUGUGUUUUAAUACUUUGUGAAUCUGUCCUUUGUUGUCAGUUGUACUAUUGGCCUUUUUUUGUGUCGUUUGUGCCGUCACUGUUUGCUUAUGUACUUCAGUGAAAAACCACAGCCACCACCACUCAGGUACCCAGACCUGCUUCACUCUAUCAUGUAAAUGCUCCAAGGUGGCAGGAGCGAAUAGAUCAGAGAGGUAUUAGCUCAGAACACAAUGGGCUAUUUAACAGUCUGACUUGAAUGGAAAGCCUGACAUGUGCCAUGAUUUAGCAGACAUUAAAACAUCUUAAUAAAUUAGAGCAGGCCUGAGGGGUUUAGUGGGGAAAGGGCAUUCGACUAAUGGCACUAAUGACACCCGCACAAGACUAAUAUAUCAGGAUUCAGGGAGGACUAAAUCAGGACGGUUCUAUCAAAAUGACACCAGUAAAGGUGUGAGCAUGAGACAAAAGACAAAGUGUGUGAGCAGGAUUGUGUGUGUUAUCACCAUAGCCUAUGGAGUCAGAGACAAGUGAUUUCAAGAGGACCAUUGUGGUGUUUAAAUCUAAAUUCUUCAACCUCUAACAAUGCUUGUGGGCACAGAGUAAGUGAAGCAUCACGGACAUUCACGUAGAAUAAUACAAGGUCAGUGUCGGGGGCGCGCAAUGGAUUUGACCCAGCCAGGAGCUGACAGGUCUGCUUUUCUAUUAAAUGAUCGUAGAUUACCAGAGCAUAGCGACUAGAGGGAAAAUCCACAGAAUACAGCCAAUGUUGGGUGAUUUUUUCUAAUUAAACCUUGUUUUUGUUUCCUGCAAAUAUGUGUAAAUGACUCAAACUCCUUUGAAGUCUAAGUCUGGUUUGGGGGUUUUUUCUGUGGCUUUCUGUGUAUGUCAACUUAUGUAUGUUUUUUUGUUUUGUUUUUUUUACCACUGUGUUUUUAUUAAAUGAACAUACAUGCUUACAUGGGUAACAAAUGCUUUUGGCCGAUGUAUUGAUCAAACAAAUUGAAAAAAGGCAACCUUUAUGUCUUUGGUACAUGGAAGCUUUGCCAGCCUCUUUGUUUUGUAAUGUAUUGGUAAAGUAGACAUGAUUUGAUUUGAUUUGGAUGUUUUCUUUCUAAAUGUUUGAUAUGGUUCCUAAUUGUUCCUGUUUUCUUUUUGUUUCUUUGAAAAUCUCUGCACAAAGGCCAAGUGUUGUUCAAAGAUAACAAUUAAGAGCUGUUGUUUUCCAAUAUGACAGCUAGUCUCUAUUAACUACGUACAGCAUCCUCCAGGGUAGAAAAAAAGUCCAAAAUAAGUUCAUCUUUUAUUGCACUCACAUAAUCUCAUAUUAAAAUAUACUUCUGUCCUCAUCCAGCCCUGUUUGCCACAGACUGAGGUGUUUAAAACGGUUUGCUUCCUGGAAGCAAAUGUGAGCCACUUGUUAUUUUCUGCUAGCAGGACAUCAUAAAUUGCUAAUUAAAAGUUCUUAAAGACUCUAGUCAACAUAAUAAAUAAAGUGUACAUUACAUUGUUUCUGCUGGGAUUUUAAAAAGUUACAUUUUUAAUCACAUGAAUAUUUUUGGCCUUAAGAAGGCUUAAAUGUGCCCAUAUUUACAUCUUAAAUUGGAAGAAAAAUUUGCUUUUUUCGUUGACUUUUUUUCUUUUGGAUUUCAUUCAGUUUAAUGUCCUUUUUUUUUUUUAGAUUUUGAUGUGCGUACCAUUGUCAGAUUACUAUUUCUGUAUCUUGUAGUUAUAGCCUCAAAUUAAGCCUCAAAGCUUAAUUUCUUGAUCAAAAGGAGGAAUUGAAGAAAUUAAUCUCUUGACAUACAACCAUUCUCACAAUGCAGCAAAAAUAUUUCUUAUUUAUGUUUUAGAAAAUUGAAAUCAAAACCUUUUUGUCAUGUAGUGGCACCUUGUUUAAGAUAAUGUGUCUUUAAUAAUUAGAAUAACUUGUAAAAGUCAGAAAGCACUUGGAAAGUAGUUUUAUUUGGGAUGCAAUAAUUUUGGAAGGGACAGCAAACAAAAGUUUUUACCUCCACCCCAUUUCUUUUCUAGUAAGAUAAUUGUUUAAUAGCUAAAACAUGUUUUCUCGUGUUGUUUAUUCUUUUAACUUACGUUUGAAGUUCAAAGAAGUGUAAGAUAUUUAACAGUAUCUUAAACUACCUUAGGAUAUUUGUUCUAAUUCACAGAUGUCUUAAAUAAUAAAAUACCUUAUAUUUAUCCUGCAGAAAGACUGCAUUAAAAAUGUUUAAUGGUUACAUCUAUAUUACAGAUAUUUUUAGAGAUGCCUGUAAUAAAACAAACAAUUAUUUAGAAAUGUUGAUUUUUUUUUUUUCUGAGAAAAAACAUACUCAGAUCAAAAGCUGAAGUCGUAAUAGACCUCUCAGCUGUAAGAAAGGAUGAAUUUAUUUAAGGCUUUUUUCCUCAUAUUUUUAGGACACCACAAUGAGUUGAUUUUGGUGUCUUAUUUCGAAUUGCUUUACUCACUUCGAAGCUUGAAUUUGAAAAAUACAUGACUUCCACCUUGCACCAGCUGCUGUCUCUAUCCUUUGGUGCACUGUCUCCAAAAUGUUGCAAGGUGGUCAAACUGAUGAAAUAGAUCACAAAUAUAAAACAUUUUUGUGUUUUUAUAAAGUUUUUCCUUUUUCUUUUUUUUGCAAUCAGUAAGCUUGAUUGUAAAACAUACAUAGUAUAAGAUACUUAAAUUUGUAAUUUGGAAAAGUGGUAAAACUAACGACUAUUGGAGCUUUGGGUAACAACGCUUGGCCUUUUCUUCUUUGUGAUUCCUCAGUAUUUUUAUGUCCUGGUGAUCUCUGUGAGAUCCUUAGACUUUUUCACAUUGAAAAGUGAACAGUUGAUCUUGAUAUGCGGAAGAUGUGCAUGUAUGAUAUUGUUUGGUGCAUUUGUGUUUUCUAAACGAGGGACUUAAUAAAAGCAGUUCACUGAGGA